AUGAGCAAUGGAAAUCUGCCAGGCGGCGUUACGGAAAAUGGCGAUCGUAACAAUCCCAAGACCUAUCCAAAUAUGACCCCUCAAUACCAUGAUCUGGGCGAAGACUUCCCUACAUGGUUGGCGUGGACGAACAAGAAGGAGGAGCUGGAUCUGGAUACCUUUUUCGACCCUACUAAGCCAAACUUGGCAACCGGCUUUGAUGUCAAAGGUCUCAAACCAGUCAUUAGAGAGAGGGGUGAAACCGGGUAUUUGUUGGAGGAUGACAAGAACGGGUUUUAUUAUAUGGACAUCAGAGACGGGAGGUUGUUUAAGUUCGUAAAAGUGAUGAAUGUGGAUCAAGCAGUACAGAAAGUGCUUGAGGGGUGGGACAAAGACGAUAUCAGACAGCAAUUUGCCAGUGAAUCGUAG